GUAGAAAUGCGAGCUUUCAAACGCAACAUUGGUCGUCCAAAAUGGCGACCACGAGUGAUUCGAAGGCGCCCUUGCGCCAAGUUAAAAGAGUACAGUUUGGAAUAUUAUCUCCAGAUGAAAUUCGUCGAAUGUCAGUCACGGAAGGGGGCAUACGCUUCCCGGAAACUAUGGAAGGAGGCAGACCUAAACUUGGGGGUCUUAUGGAUCCUCGACAAGGGGUGAUAGACAGAACAUCCAGAUGCCAGACAUGUGCAGGAAACAUGACUGAAUGCCCAGGUCACUUCGGCCACAUUGACCUGGCCAAACCAGUGUUUCACAUAGGAUUUAUCACAAAGACAAUCAAGAUUUUGAGAUGCGUUUGCUUCUAUUGUUCCAAGCUACUUGUUAGCCCGACAAAUCCAAAAAUAAAAGAAGUAAUCAUGAAAUCAAAAGGUCAGCCUCGUAAAAGGUUGACCUUUGUGUAUGAUUUAUGUAAAGGGAAAAACAUAUGCGAGGGUGGAGAAGAUAUGGAUAUAGGUAAAGAAGGUGAAGAGGGUAAAAGGGGAUCAGGCCAUGGUGGUUGUGGUCACUAUCAGCCAUCUAUCAGACGUCAGGGCCUGGACUUGACUGCAGAAUGGAAGCAUCCAAAUGAAGACACACAGGAUAAGAAAAUUAUUAUAACAGCAGAAAGAGUUUGGGAAAUAUUAAAACAUAUCACAGAUGAAGAAUCGUUCAUCUUGGGAAUGGAUCCAAAGUUUGCAAGACCUGACUGGAUGAUUGUUACUGUACUUCCUGUGCCACCACUGGCUGUUAGGCCAGCGGUAGUCAUGUUUGGGUCGGCAAAGAAUCAAGACGAUUUAACACAUAAGCUAGCUGAUAUCAUCAAAGCUAAUAAUGACCUGAUGAGGAAUGAGCAGUCUGGAGCUGCAGCACAUGUACUUACAGAAAACAUAAGAAUGCUACAGUUCCACGUCGCCACAUUUGUGGACAAUGACAUGCCUGGUAUGCCCAAGGCUAUGCAGAAGUCUGGUAAGCCUCUCAAAGCUAUCAAAGCUCGAUUAAAAGGCAAAGAAGGUAGGAUUAGAGGAAAUCUUAUGGGAAAACGUGUUGACUUUUCUGCUAGGACCGUCAUUACUCCUGAUCCAAAUUUGAGGAUUGAUCAAGUAGGCGUACCUCGAUCAAUUGCUCAAAAUUUAACAUUCCCUGAACUUGUUACUCCAUUUAAUAUUGACAGAAUGCAAGAACUAGUCAGGCGUGGUAAUGCCCAGUACCCUGGUGCCAAAUAUAUUGUUCGUGACAAUGGAGAAAGAAUUGACUUGAGAUUUCACCCGAAACCAUCUGAUUUACAUUUACAAUUUGGAUAUAAGGUGGAAAGGCAUUUAAGAGAUGAUGACUUAGUUAUAUUUAACAGACAGCCCACACUACAUAAAAUGAGUAUGAUGGGCCACAGAGUUAAAGUUCUUCCGUGGUCCACAUUCCGUAUGAACUUGAGUUGCACAUCACCUUACAAUGCUGAUUUUGAUGGAGAUGAAAUGAAUUUGCAUGUUCCACAAUCUAUGGAAACUCGUGCAGAAGUAGAAAAUAUACAUAUUACACCCCGACAAAUUAUUACACCACAAGCGAACAAACCUGUUAUGGGUAUUGUGCAAGAUACACUUACAGCCGUGAGAAAGAUGACAAAAAGAGAUGUUUUUCUGACCAAAGAGCAAGUCAUGAACCUUCUCAUGUUCUUACCAACAUGGGAUGGAAAGAUCCCUCAACCAUGUAUUCUAAAACCUCAACCCUUGUGGACAGGAAAACAGAUAUUUACUUUGAUCAUUCCUGGCAAUGUGAACAUGGUCCGAACACAUUCUACUCAUCCUGAUGAGGAGGAUGAUGGUCCAUACCGAUGGAUAUCACCGGGAGACACCAAAGUAGUGGUAGAGCAUGGUGAACUCCUUAUGGGUAUUCUAUGUAAAAAAUCUCUUGGUGCAUCUGCUGGUUCCCUGCUGCAUAUUUGCAUGUUGGAGCUGGGUCAUGAAACCGCUGGAAGAUUUUAUGGUAACAUUCAGACAGUAAUCAAUAACUGGCUUCUGUUGGAGGGUCACUCUAUUGGUAUUGGUGAUACCAUUGCCGAUCCUCAGACUUAUCAAGAAAUUCAGAGAGCCAUUGUUAAAGCCAAAGAUGAUGUAAUAGAGGUUAUUCAGAAAGCCCACAACAUGGAACUGGAGCCUACACCCGGUAACACUCUCAGGCAGACCUUCGAAAAUCAAGUGAAUCGUAUUUUGAACGACGCCCGUGACAAAACCGGUGGUUCUGCUAAGAAAUCUCUAACUGAAUACAACAACUUAAAGGCUAUGGUGGUCGCCGGAUCGAAAGGUUCCAACAUUAACAUCUCUCAGGUUAUUGCUUGUGUGGGUCAACAGAACGUCGAAGGUAAACGUAUUCCAUUCGGAUUCCGUAAAAGAACACUGCCGCAUUUCAUUAAAGACGAUUACGGUCCUGAGUCGAGAGGAUUCGUAGAAAAUUCGUAUCUCGCCGGUCUGACACCCUCCGAGUUCUAUUUCCACGCUAUGGGAGGAAGAGAAGGUCUCAUCGAUACCGCCGUCAAAACUGCCGAGACUGGUUAUAUUCAGCGUCGUCUCAUAAAGGCUAUGGAGUCUGUCAUGGUUCACUACGACGGUACAGUGAGGAAUUCAGUAGGUCAGCUCAUUCAGCUGAGAUAUGGAGAGGAUGGUCUGGCUGGCGAAACAGUAGAAUUCCAGAACUUACCGACAGUUAAACUGUCUAACAAAGCAUUCGAAAAGAAAUUCAAGUUCGACCCUACAAACGAAAGAUAUCUCAAGAGGAUAUUCAAUGAGGAUAUUAUUAAAGAACUCACAGAAUCCGGCUACGUCAUUGCCGAUCUGGAAAGCGAGUGGGAGCAGCUUUCUAAAGACCGAGAAAUUCUUCGGCAGAUCUUCCCGAGUGGAGAGUCUAAAGUUGUAUUGCCAUGCAACUUCAAGAGAAUGAUAUGGAAUGUGCAGAAGAUUUUCCAUAUCAACAAGAGGUUACCCACUGAUUUGAGUCCAAUUAAAGUAAUUCAAGGCGUAAAAGACCUUCUCAAGAAGUGCGUUAUUGUAGCGGGCGAAGAUCGUUUGUCCAAACAGGCCAACGAAAACGCCACACUGCUUUUCCAAUGCCUGGUGAGAUCGACUCUCUGCACAAAGUUCGUGUCGGAGGACUAUAGACUAUCGACUGAGGCGUUCGAGUGGUUGAUUGGAGAAAUCGAAACUCGUUUCCAACAGGCUCAAGUAAAUCCUGGCGAGAUGGUCGGCGCUUUGGCCGCGCAGUCUCUCGGCGAACCCGCCACUCAGAUGACACUGAACACUUUCCACUUUGCCGGUGUAUCAUCCAAGAACGUAACCCUCGGUGUGCCCAGACUUAAGGAAAUUAUUAACAUCUCAAAGAAACCUAAAGCUCCGUCUCUAACCGUUUUCCUUACGGGCGGUGCUGCGAGAGACGCGGAAAAGGCUAAGAACGUUCUCUGUAGACUGGAACACACAACAUUACGUAAAGUAACCGCCAACACGGCCAUUUACUACGAUCCCGACCCGCAAAAUACUGUCAUCGCCGAAGAUCAGGAAUUCGUCAACGUUUACUACGAAAUGCCCGACUUCGAUCCUACCAAGAUUUCGCCUUGGCUUCUGCGUAUCGAAUUAGAUCGUAAGAGAAUGACGGACAAAAAAUUAACUAUGGAGCAGAUCGCCGAAAAGAUAAACGCCGGUUUCGGAGACGAUUUGAAUUGUAUUUUCAACGACGACAAUGCUGAAAAACUGGUCCUACGUAUUAGGAUAAUGAACAACGAGGAGAGCAAAUUCCAAGACAACGACGAGGAAACUGUAGACAAAAUGGAGGACGACAUGUUCCUCAGAUGUAUCGAGGCGAAUAUGCUCUCGGACAUGACACUACAAGGUAUCGAAGCUAUCGCCAAAGUGUACAUGCACUUGCCACAAACGGAAGCCAAGAAACGUAUCACCAUAACAGAGCAAGGAGAAUUCAAGGCUAUUGCUGAAUGGCUGCUCGAAACAGACGGUACCUCUCUCAUGAAAGUCCUCUCGGAGCGUGACGUAGAUCCAGUGCGAACAUUCAGUAACGAUAUCUGUGAGAUAUUCCAAGUACUCGGUAUAGAAGCUGUACGUAAAUCAGUGGAGAAGGAAAUGAAUGCCGUGUUGCAGUUCUACGGUCUGUACGUGAACUAUCGCCAUCUUGCGUUGCUUUGUGACGUCAUGACUGCCAAAGGCCAUCUCAUGGCUAUCACUCGUCACGGCAUCAACAGACAGGACACCGGAGCCCUCAUGAGAUGCUCCUUCGAGGAAACCGUGGAUGUGUUGCUCGAUGCUGCGAGUCACGCAGAGGUGGAUCCGAUGAGGGGAGUGUCGGAAAAUAUUAUUAUGGGCCAACUACCAAGAAUGGGAACAGGUUGCUUCGAUUUGUUGUUGGAUGCUGAGAAAUGUAAACACGGUAUGGAAAUGGGCGGCCUCGGCGUUGGAAUGGGCGUCGCCGGUGGAAUGUACUUCGGAGUUGGCACCCCAUCUAUGACACCACAGAUGACACCAUGGUCUAUUCAAAACACUCCUGGAUAUGGAAGCAGUGUCUGGUCACCUGGUCAAGUUGGAAGCAGUAUGACUCCGGGACCAUCGUUCUCGCCGUCCGGUGCCUCAGACGCGUCGGGAAUGUCUCCAGCCUACAGUAGCGCCUGGUCACCCCAGCCCGGUUCCCCCGGCUCCCCUGGCGCCCCCCUGUCUCCUUACGCGUCUCCCCACGCCGGAGCUUCCCCGUCCUACUCGCCAACGAGUCCCGUGUACUCCGCGGCGUCGCCGAGCAUAACGCCAACGUCGCCGCACUACUCGCCGACGAGCCCGUCCUACUCACCCAACUACUCGCCCACUUCCCCCAUAUACUCGCCGUCAUCCCCCAGCUACUCGCCGACCUCGCCGGGUUACUCCCCGACGUCGCCCACGUUCACUCCCACUUCGCCCAGCUACUCCCCGACGUCGCCGAGCUACUCGCCGACGAGUCCCGCCUACUCGCCCACGUCGCCCAGCUACCCGACUGCGUCCCCGACCUAUUCGUCCACGAGUCCAACUUACUCCCCAACGAGUCCGUCGUACUCGCCCACAAGCUCGGCUUACUCACCGACUUCGCUGUCGUACUCGCCGUCGUCGCCCAGCUACUCGCCGACCGGGCCGGGCGCCGGCGGCUACAGCCCGACCUCCCACAACUACUCCCCGUCGUCGCCCAACUACACGCCGACCGCUCGAGCGUACUCCCCGACGAGUCCGUCAUACUCUCCCGCGUCGCCGGCCUCCCCCGCUUACUCGCCGACGUCCCCCAGCUACUCGCCGUCGCCUAAAUAUUCGCCGACAUCACCCAACUACUCUCCGACGUCUCCGUCUCUAUCGGGUAGUCCGAUGUCGCCCACAAAUCCGCAGUACUCGCCGACGAGUCCGCAGUACUCGCCCUCGAGCACGGCGUACUCGCCGUCCUCACCCCAGCACCCAGGAAGCAAUCGCUACUCGCCGUCGACGAACUAUUCCCCCUCGUCUCUCAACUACUCGCCCUCGUCGCCUCGCUACUCGCCGUCGUCGACGCAGUACUCCCCGGCGACGUACACGCCCACUUCCCCCAACUACUCUCCCACUUCCCCGGCCUUCUCGCCCUCGUCCGGCGGACCGACGCCCUAUUCCCCGACCUCACCCAACUAUUCGCCCACUUCACCCACGUACGAGGAUGGGGACGAUUAAACGAGUAUCUUUAAUUUAUAUUACUAUCGUCUUUAAAAUAGAAAUUUAUAAGCUAUCCAAAAAUCUUGAAAAAAAUAUUUAACUUACGUGACUGUAAUAUUUUUAUAUAGCAUUUAAUUUUUUAGGUUAAAUACAUUUUCUAUGGAGAAGACACGAUAAAAAUAUAACUUCUUAUAUAAUAUAGUCUUUUUACCCAAUAUCUCAAACGAUUUAGGAAGUUGGAACCAACCAAAAAGUAAAAAUUAAAUUUUCGUGAUUCAUAUUCUUUUAAAGCAUUUGAUAAGAAUAUAAUA